AUUUUAUGGCAAACUCAGAUUGUCAGAUUUGUUAUUGUUGCUGGACGUAAAUAUUAAUCAUUAUUUUGUAUUGGAAACUUGGAAAAGAAUAAAGAAAAUAAUUUAGGAAUUAUUUCCUUAAAAAUUUUUCUUUUUGGAUUUCCAUUGAAUUUCCAAAUUCGAAAUGAAUUCUUCAGGAAAGGGUAGAUUUUUCCCCAACGAAUGUCAAAUUUGUCGAAAUAGAGAAAAUCUACAAAGAUGUGAAUGCAAAAUGAUUUCAUAUUGCUCCGAGGAACAUCGACUCGAACAUUUGUCAAUUCACAAAAAUUUUUGCAAAGCAGUCAAGGAGAUAUUAGAAGAAAAACAAUUAUCGCACAUAAAUGAAGGAUUUUUCUCAUAUUCCAAUACCGCUUGGAGUAGGACAACGGAUAUUUUAUUUCAAUUAGAGGAGAAAUUAGAAAGAUAUAUGACUCCUAUGGAAAUAUUAAUGUGGACACGUCCACGAGUUUGUUUCAUUUGUCGUGAAUCAAAAGAGGAAUUUAUUGAAUAAUUGUCAAAAUUGUCCAAUUGUAACUUUUUGUGCGAAUCAUAAGGACAGCGAAAUUCAUUCGAAAAAUUGUACAACAAUGAAUCGUUAUUUAGAAAUUUUGAACACGGCAGAUGAAUUAAAUAUUGAUUUGCAAUUUUUACCAUUAAAUUUUCCAUUUGUUGAUGAAAAGAGAAAUGGAUAUUUGGACUGUCUUACGUUUACGAUAAUCAACAAAAAUAAUUUUGAAUCAAAUUGUUAUUAUUGGAGAAAAUCAAAAAUUGAUUUCAUCAAUUUUGUUGACAUUAUUUCGAGGCUAAAUAGUGCUUUAAAAAAAAUACUGAAUCCACUUCCGUCGGAAUUAACCAUUCAAAUUGAUUUACUUGGUAGGGAGCAUGUAAUUACAAGAAAAGAAUUUUGGGAAUUUCUGUUGCAUCUCAAUCCGCAGAUAAUUAAAUUAAAUCUUGCCAUUUAUGGAGUUAAUAGUGACGAUAAUAGUUUUUUAGGAAAUAAUAAUCUUAAAAUUUCACUUUGCAAAAAAUGUUGUUCAAGGCAAAAAGUUUUGAAUAUUAGCAAAUCAGUGUCUCUUAAUUGUGACAUAUCCUCUAAAAGAUAUCAGGUACCAAAUGUACUAAUUCACUUCACAAAAAACGAUAUACAUUAUGUGAAAGUAAAUCAAUGGUGUGAACUUGAUCGUCCAAUCAUUCUGCUUUUUGAUUCAGAACUAAUAUUUAAUCAAGCACCAUACACUCUUUUAUUAUUACAUGAAAGAUUUCGAAUUAUUCACAAUGGACCAAUGGAAAACACAUUAUUUAAUGAAAAAACUGAAUUUCAAAAAGAAAAUUAUUUCAUCAUUCUACAACCGAAGGGAAAGAAGGAUUUUUCAAAUAACCAAGUUAAUAAUUCAAUUGUGAAAUUGAAUUCAGAAAAAACCGAAUUAAACUUAAAUCAAAAUGUUUUAUAUUUUAAAACAAAGUGCGAUGAAUUACAACAAAAAUUGAAUUCAUCGAUCGAGGAAGUGGCGAAAUUAAAGAAAAGAAAUGCGGAUCUUGAAAAACUUUGUUCUGAAUUAAAGGAGAAAAAUAAUUCGAUUAAAAAAAUAUUACAAAUUUGAUAUUAUAACAAUUUUCUAAAAUUCAAAGUUAAAAACUAAAAGGAAUGUCAUAAAUUUAAAAAUACUUGGUACAAUAUU